ACCUUGAGUGGCCCGCCCGGUGUCCGGUCUUACCUGCGCCGGCAGUCUGCGCCGAGCUCACGGCCGGGCAUGCGAGCGUGCGGGCGGUGCGUGCUGCGUGUGCGUCUGCGUCUGCGUCAGGACACGCGCCACGUGCGACAAAGGAACUGCACACCGUCCGAUACUAGCCACUCCCUGCUGCCGUGGAGCCAUCUGGCAUUAAACGUACCGUGACACUCGUGUUUGUGUGAGAGGUUCGCCUCAAACGUUUCGUGUGAAAGUGACUGUAGCGGUGGAGUACUCUCCUCGAAGCGAGCCAGCUGUUUACCGCUUUUCUCAUUCCCAGACGGUACGCUUGCUUCGGAAAUUUGCAUUACUGCUCCCCUACACCUUCCAGAACGAACUUCCCAACCUCUCGGUGAAACUGUACUGAACUUCAAACGUGGCCAAUGUCGCAGUAGCCGCGCCGGCGCUCAGAGGCCGUCCAGCGCAGCAGGCGCGUUGCAGCGAGGCGAGGUCAGCCGUUCCAGCCGCCGUCGCCGCUACUUGUCGGUGGCGACCGCGGGCGCUGCGAUGUGGGCGAGGUAGCGGCGGCGGCCGCGACGCGCCGACAUGCGGGCCGCGCGCGCCCUCUGCCUGCUGGCGCUGGUCUGCGGCCUGCCGCUGCCGGUGCCGGUGCCGCUGCCGACCGGGGCACGCGCCGCCCACGCCUCGCACGGCUUCCGCAGCGGCAAGAUCUGCAUCGGCACCAACGGGCGUCUGUCGGUGCCGUCGAACCGCGAGCACCACUACCGCAACCUUCGCGAGCGGUACACCAACUGCACGUACGUGGACGGCAACCUGGAGCUGACGUGGGUGCAGGACGAGGGCAUGGACCUCAGCUUCCUGAGCAGCAUCCGCGAGGUCACCGGCUACGUGCUCAUCUCGCACGUCGACGUGCGCCGCAUCGUGCUGCCCGAGCUGCAGAUCAUCCGCGGCCGCUCGCUCUUCCAGGUCAACGUGCACCAGGAGCAGUUCGCCCUCAUGGUCGUCCUCUCCAAGAUGCACUCGCUCGAGAUGCCUGCGCUCAGAGACAUCCUGGCCGGUAGCGUGGGCAUCAUCAACAACUACAACCUGUGCCACAUCCGCACGAUCGUGUGGGACGAGAUCAUCACGGGCACCAACUGCACGCUGGUGUACGAGUACAACUUCACGUCCCCGGCGCGCGAGUGCACGCCGUGCGACUCGAGCUGCGAGCGCGGAUGCUGGGGCGAGGGCCCGCACAACUGCCAGCGCUUCUCCAAGGUCAACUGCAGCCCGCAGUGCUUCCAGGGUCGCUGCUUCGGCACCAACCCCCGCGAGUGCUGCCACCUCUUCUGCGCCGGCGGCUGCACCGGGCCCAAGCAGAGCGACUGCCUCGCAUGCAAGAAUUUUUAUGACGAUGGUGUGUGCACAGAAGAAUGCCCGCCAAUGCAAAAGUACAAUCCCAGUACUUACUCGUGGGAGAAAAACCCAAAUGGAAAAUACGCUUAUGGUGCCACUUGUGUGAAGAAAUGCCCUGAUCAUCUCCUGAAAGAUAAUGGUGCUUGUGUUAGAAGCUGUCCCCCAAAUAAAAAGGCAGAGAAUGGUGAAUGUGUUUUGUGUGAAGGUCCCUGUCCAAAGAAAUGUGAAGGCGAACAAUCAAUACAUUCUGGAAACAUUAGGAAAUUUCAGAAUUGUACUAUUAUUGAAGGAUCAGUAUCUAUUCUGGAUGGUACCUUCACUGGUUUUCAACAAAUAUUUCCAAAUUACACCUUCGGUGAUCGGUAUAAACCAAUGCACCCAAGUGAAUUGGAAGUCUUUAGUACACUGCGAGAAAUUACAGGAUUUCUGAACAUACAAGGCAGUCAUCCUGAUUUUGUGGAUCUCUCUUACUUUAGGAAUCUGGAAGUUAUUGGUGGACGAACAUUGACUGAGUAUUUUUCAUCACUGUAUAUAGUAAAGUCCUCUCUUAAAUCACUUGGCUUGAAGUCACUGAAGAAGGUCAAUUCCGGUGCCAUCUUCAUCUUGGAAAAUAAAGAUUUGUGUUUUGCAAAUGGGAUUGAUUGGUCAAGAGUGAAAAAAUCAAGAGAACAUUCUGUGGAAGUCAAGAAUAACAAAAAUGAGAGUGACUGUGCACGAGAGAAGCAAGUGUGUGAUGCUGAAUGUACAAGUGAAGGAUGCUGGGGUCCUGGUCCAAACCAGUGUUUGUCUUGUGCACACUUUCAGCUUGACGAUCUAUGCCUUGAGAAUUGCAGUGUGAAACCAAUGAUCUAUGAAGCAGGCCCAAAACUGUGCAAACGCUGCCAUGAUGAAUGUAGGUUUACAUGCCAUGGACCAGGGCCUGAUCACUGUCAAGCAUGCAAGAAUGUACGUGAUGGGCCAUUCUGUGUACAGAGUUGUCCAAAGAGCAAGUACGCUGCAGAUGGGGAAUGCAAACCAUGUCAUUCAAAUUGUGUUGAAGGCUGCACUGGUCCUGGGAACUAUGUAGGAAAGCUUGGCUGCAAUUCCUGUGAAAAAGCAGUAGUGACAGCUGACUUCACUGUGGGUAAAUGUCUAUCAAGCAAUGAGUCCUGCCCAGAAGGCUUUUACCAUGAAUGGGUUAUCUCAAACAUACAGGGUAGCUCACUGGCUACUCUGGCAGGCAAAGCCAUUUGCCGACAUUGUCAUCCACGGUGCAAGAAGUGUACGAGUUAUGGCUUCCAUGAACAGGUGUGUCAGGAGUGCAAAGAAUACAAACGUGGUGAACAAUGUGAGGAAGAAUGCCCUCCAGACCACUAUCCGGAUGAUACACGGCAUGUGUGCGAGCCAUGUGCAAAGGAGUGCCGGGGAUGCACUGGUCCCACUGCUGCUGACUGCAUCCGUUGCAAUGGCUACAAGCUGUACAUUGAUGAAAGUUCCACAGAUAAUACAACACAAUUCAACUGCACAGAAACAUGCCCUCCAGAACGUUCUCAUAAAGUCUUUCCUGAUGGACAAGAUCCUUACUGUUCUUCAAACCCAGGGAUUUUGUCACCUUACAAAACUCAGGCUGUGCCAUGGACAACAAUCAUUACUGCAUUUACCAUUUUUGUCAUUAUUGUCCUAGUAUUUGUGACAGUUAUAGUAUAUGUGUGGCGAAAAAAGACAAAAGCAAAAGAAGAUACAGUGAAAAUGACAAGAGUUAUGUUGGAGGACAAUGAACCUCUCAGUCCCACAAGUGUCAAACCAAACCUUGCAAAGCUUAGAAUAAUAAAAGAGGCAGAAAUGAGGAGAGGGGGUGUUCUUGGAUAUGGAGCAUUUGGAACAGUUUAUAAGGGAGUAUGGGUACCAGAAGGUGAAAACACAAAAAUUCCUGUAGCAAUAAAAGUAUUGCGUGAAGGGACAGGUGCAAAUACAAACAAGGAUUUUCUGGAAGAAGCAUACAUCAUGGCAUCAGUUGAGCAUCCAAACUUGUUGCAACUGUUAGCAGUUUGUUUAGCUCAGCAAAUGAUGCUUGUGACACAACUGAUGCCAUUAGGUUGUUUGCUUGAUUAUGUGCGCAACAACAGAGAUCGUAUUGGUUCUAAGCCUCUGCUGACGUGGUGCACACAGAUUGCCAGAGGUAUGGCUUACUUAGAAGAGAAACGUCUUGUUCAUCGUGAUUUGGCAGCAAGGAAUGUUCUAGUACAGAAUCCAAACUGCGUAAAGAUUACAGAUUUUGGUCUUGCUAAGCUGCUGAGGAUCAAUGAAGAUGAAUACAAAGCAGCUGGAGGAAAGAUGCCCAUUAAAUGGUUGGCACUUGAAUGCAUCCAACACAGAAUAUUCACACAUAAGAGUGAUGUUUGGGCAUUUGGUGUGACUGUGUGGGAGCUGUUAACAUAUGGUGGACGUCCUUACGAAAAUAUAGCUGCACGUGAUGUGCCGGAGUUACUGGAAAAGGGUGAGCGACUUCCACAGCCACCCAUAUGCACCAUUGAGGUGUACAUGAGCAUGAUCCGUUGCUGGCUUCUUGAUGCUGACAGCAGGCCAUCAUUCAAGGAAUUAGCAGAAGAAUUUGCCAACAUGGCAAGAGAUCCUGGUCGUUUUCUUGUCAUUCCUGGUGACAGAUUUAUGAAACUGCCAUCAUAUUCAGUUCAGCAGGAUGACAAGCACCUACCUGCCACUACAGAAAGCCCAGAGCCAGCAUCAUCAGUAGGUGAUGCAGAAGAAUAUCCAGUUGCAGGGUCUAUGGGCGUUUCCAAUGUAGCUCCUCAUUCUCACAGUCGUGGGCCUGGUGAUGCGAAGUGCUGGACGCCAGAGUCUCCUACACCACAAAACAGACACAACUGGGAUCGAGAGCUCGUGCGGUGCUACGGUCAAAAUGUGGCAGGCGCUCACAUUCCCACUGUACAGUGUCAGCCCAGCACUGCGAACAAUGGAAUCCCAGGUGGGAGCAGUGGCAGCAACUCGACAUCUACCGACUCCUCUAGAUACUGUAGUGACCCACUCAAGAUGCUUGGUACACGGGAGUGUGAUGGACUACAGGAUGACUAUGAUCAGAACAAGAGGGAGGCACAAGUUGGCGGCAUGAAGCUUGAUUUACCUCUUGAUGAUGAUGACUAUCUGAUGCCAUCUCCACAACAGAAUCAGGGUGCAACUAAUUAUGUUGACCUCAUAAGUGAUUCUAAAAUGUCAACAGAUUCGACUGAUUUGUGCAAUGGCGGAUUUGCAACAACAUAUCCAAAUUUCAUUGCAAAAACAAGUGUUGACAACCCUGAGUACCACAUAGUGAAUGAUGCAGCAACAGGAGCACCAAACACAUUAGGUAUACCAGAUACUGGAACUACAGGUCCUCGACCAAAUCCUCAGCGGCCGUUUGUCCUACAGCAAAAGUCAUCUGAGGAAGAAUCAGAUCACGAAUACUACAAUGACUUUGACCGACUCCAGCAGUGUGAACUUCAACCCCUGAAGCCUGCACGACGCAAUGAGACGACUGUCUGACGGUCACCGUCCCUCCCAGACCCUCAGGGAACACUGGUCUGAGGAGGGGCGGACAGUGUCAUGAAGACCAGUUGUGUCACUCCUCCCGCAACACAGAGUGACUCCCAGUUGCUGUGCCAAUUUUCUGAAGAGAGAUAGUGUGGACUGUGCAUGUGCCUUGUUAUUUGAUGUGUGAAUGAGUCUAUUUUGAGAAGAAGAAACUUAAAUAUUCUGACAAUUUCAAAGCAUGUAAGUGGGUGCGAAGACAAAUUCCAAAUCUCAGAUUGAUUAAUAUAGAAAAUGGAAACAAUAACAUAUUACAUUCCUUUGCAGUUGUACAAAUCUUCACAGUCUAAGAAUCAUUGUUUUAGGAAGAGUGUUGAGUACAAAAUGAAACAGUAAAGAAAUUCCAGUGGUCUAGUGAACCAAAAAAGUUUUGCAAUCAAAAAUUACCUUUACUAUUUACUCAAUUUUGUGUGUGAACUUUUACUUUAGAAGAAUGUGCAGUGCAUUUUCUAAGAAAUCUCAUCUGUUGCAUUAAUGCAAAAGAUCUGUAGUUAUUGGCUAUGUUAGCUAUUACUGAAUUCCAAAGCUGUGGGGAAAGUGUCAAACAAGAACACACAAAUGACAUUUCAACACAGAGCAACAGAAAUACAGGUCAACUUCUUGUAGUUGAAAGACUCUGAGCUCCCCUCCCGUCCCCACUUCAUGUGGUACUCAAUCUGUGAUACCUUGUUUUUAAGAAGAUUUUAUAUUUUAUUUCUCUUUCAUUUUAUAUUGUCAGCCUAAUGCAAAUGUGUAUCUUAAUAUGGAUACAGAUUGGCAACGAAUGGGAGAAAACUUGUAAAUUUUAUGGUUUAUUUUGUAUAUGUAAAAUGAAAUUUGUAUAAUACACAGAAAUCUAUAAUUUGUAUAUUAAUUAAAAAAGAAGUUAAUAUGAAAUAUAUAGUUUUCGAGUAUAUAUAGUAUAUGAAGUGAAGUGUGCCAUUUAAGGUGUGUAUGUGUACAAUCGAUGUUGUUGUAUGUGAAAAAUGUAUUCUUGUAAUAAGUUGUACAAUAUUUGUGUAAAAUUGUUAAGGUUGCAGUGCCUUUUGAAACUGUAAAACACAAGUAAAAUAUUUAAUAGGUGUAGUGUACUUCAGCAGGAGGAUCUCAGUUUCGUUUUAUCACAGAUUAAGGCGGAAAGAGAAAAGAAAAAAAAGCUUUUUUCGAACAAAAGCAAUCAAAAUGCAAAGAAAAUAACUGCUGCUAGCAGACUAUGUGGAUCUGUAAAUGCAAACACAAUAGUGUCUUCAGGUCAUGUGAAUGCAGUCCAACAUUAUGUAAUAGAUAAUUUCAGCUGUAAACAUUUUGGUGAUAUGACAUUUCUAUGUGUUGUUUAUUUUUUACUGAACAUUAUUUGUGUUGUAAAUACAAAGUCUCCUGCCACAAAUUUGGGAUAAAAUGAAUAUUGAAAGUUUUAAAGUGUAUGGAGAAAUAAAGUGUCCUAUUUUUAAAA